AUGGCCCACGCAGAUCACACACGGGAUCCCUGUCCAUGGGUCAUCCUUAAUGACUUUGGUGGCGCAUUUGCUAUGGGGGCCGUUGGUGGUGGUAUCUGGCACGGUAUCAAGGGAGCCCGAAAUUCACCAAAAGGCGAACGAUUUGUUGGCGCCAUCUCCACCAUCAAAGCCCGUGCGCCAGUAACGGGAGGCAACUUCGGCGUUUGGGGAGGAAUGUUUUCAACGUUUGAUUGUGCGGUGAAGGGAUGGCGACAAAAGGAAGAUGCGUGGAAUGCAAUCAUCUCGGGCUUCAUGACAGGUGGAUGUUUGGCUGCACGAAGUGGACCUCGAGCAGCAUUUGGCUCAGCCGUUGCUUGCGGCAUCCUUCUUGGUGUCUUCGAAGGUGUCGGUGUGCUUAUGUCUCGCGUAUUCUCAGAGGGACAACGUCCGCAAUUACCUCCUCUGCCGGAGUCGAUGUCAGCGCAGCCCGCGUCACCAUCACAUUAGCCAGGAGGGUCUGCGCUCACACACUGCAGAUGUGUAUAAUCACAUUGUGCCUUCGGUUGGCGACAGCGCGCCGCGGCCGUCGCUUCGGGCCGCAUCUAUCGCUCUUGUCCACCUACGCUGUCCUAUGUCGCUUUCUUAUAUAUUAAUUUCAGCUGUAUAUAUCAC